AGUUGUUGAUUCACAUGCAAAUGAAGCUUGCUCCCUCCCUGGUUUGCAUUACUGCCUCUGCGAGCUGCUCAGUGCACAGUACACGGCUUUCCUAGCAACUCAGCUCUACAUUUUUCUCCUUCUCUGCUUAGACACUUUGCUGAGAGGAGAGAAAAACACGGACUGGAGGGAAACAGGAAGAGAGGAAGAUAAGAAAAAAAAAAAAACCCUGGACUUGCCAUCCUCUUCUAACACUGUGUUAGUGUUAGGACCAGACUGAACCGGGGCAUCGGGAGAGUGGCAGCCCUGCAAAAGAGAGAGAGAGAGAGAAGAGAGAGAGAGAGUGUGUGUGUGCAGUUUUUGCUCUACAGUGAGAGUGUUUUCUCAGAGAAGGAGGCAGAGGAAGGGAGAGAGUUGCCUGUUGUCGUGGUCUCUCCCCUGAGUGGCUGAGGGGUGGCUCUUGGUGACAGGAAACGCAAGGCUGGCGAUGAGACCUGAGCGCUGAGUGGAGUAUGCUGCAGACGAUUUACGAGGGCGAGUCAAGUUUCUCCACAACAGAAGGGCGCGUUGGACACCAGCAGCUCCCCAACCAGAGCAAGAUGCACAACGUGAACAACUCAGUGGACAUUAAGCCAGACGUGCAGUUGGUGGUGGAGCCCUUGUCUCCGUUGGACCUGCGUACAGAUCUGAGGAUGCUUGGGCCAGGCUCGGACCCAGGGCUGUGGGAGAGGCAGCUGCAGCAGGAACUGCUCCUCAUUCAGAAGCAGCAGCAGAUCCAGAAGCAGCUACUAAUCAGCGAGUUCCAGAAGCAGCAUGAGAAGUUGACCCGUCAGCACCAGGCUCAGCUCCAGGAGCACCUCAAGCUCCAGCAAGAGCUCCAGGCCAUGAAACAGCAGCAGGAGCUUGCAGAAAAGGAGCGUCGUCUGGAGCAGCAGCAACAGCAGCAGAACCAGCAGGAGAAGGAGCAGGAAAGGCAUCGGCGAGAGCAGCAUGUUUCCAGCUUGAGCCUCAGGGGCAAGGAACGCUCCAGAGAGAGUCUCACAGGUGCAGUGGCCAGUACAGAGGUGAAGCAGAAACUCCAAGAGUUUCUGCUGAGUAAGUCAGCGAAGGAUCCUACAGUCAAUGGAGCCAAUCACUCUUUCAUCCACCACCCAAAACUCUGGUACAUGUCCUCUCACCACACGUCACUGGACCAAAGCUCUCCACCUCUGGGCGGCACAUCCCCCACCUGCCAGUACAUGCUGCCGUCACCUAUAGAGAGCAAGGACGACUUCCCCUUGAGGAAGACAGCCUCUGAGCCCAAUCUGAAGGUACGAUCCAGACUGAAACAAAAAGUAGCGGAGAGGAGGAGCAGCCCGAUGCUUAAGAGGAAAGACGGAAACAUCAUGACUCCUUACAAGAAGAGAGCCCUGGAGAUAAUGGACUCUACGCCCACUAACAGCGCCCCCGGCUCCGGCCCUAGCUCUCCCAUAGGAGCAUCCAGUGCCUUGGGGGCUGAAAACGGACCCUCCUCUCUGCCUACGACCACAAAAACUGAGCGAUGGCCUUCACAGCCAAGGUUAUUCCGACCCGAGGGUUCCAUGUCAAUGCUGAGCUUAUACACGUCUCCUUCCUUACCCAACAUCUCCUUGGGGCUUUCAACUGCAUCCUCACCCAUUAACGCUGCCAUGGGUUUAAAAGACAGAUCAACAGAAGUCAAGCAUGGGCUGCCAGGCCAUCUGUUAGGCCCUGUACCCCUUCCAACAGCCUUAGAGUCGAAGGUGAGCCCCAGUCAUCAGGCUCUUCUCCAACACCUCCUCCAGAAGGAGCAGAUGAGGCAGCAGAAGAUGCUCUCCUCCGGUCCAGGCUCCAUGCCAUCCCACCCUCAGUCCCCUCUGGCCAUGAAGGAACGCCCGUCCAGCAGUCGGCCCAAACUCCCAAAACACCGGCCCUUGAACAGGACCCAGUCGGCACCACUGCCUCAAAACACACUGGCCCAACUUGUCAUCCAGCAGCAACACCAGCACUUCCUGGAGAAGCAGAAACAGUACCAGCAGCAGGUCCAUAUAAACAAGCUGUUAUCCAAGUCCAUCGAGCAGUUACGUCAGCCCAGUGCACACCUGCAGGAAUCAGAGGAAGAGCAGGAGGAGCAGCACAGAGAGUAUUCUGAGCGCAUGCAGGAGGACAGGCUGCCCCCUGGAGGAGUCAUCCGGAAGCACACGCUCAGCAGUAGCAGCAGCAGCAGCGGCUCGAGCAGUGAGCUCCCAGAGGCUCACUGUGGGGUCAUCAAGGUUAAGGAGGAACCGGCUGAUAGCGAGGAUGAGGCCCUGACCAAUCAAAGUUUAGAGUCAGAGCAGAGCACCUACCUUCACCAGGUCAAAGGCAGACUGGUGAUAAGAGCCAUGAUCUAAGAAGGGAAGAGGAUAAGAUCACACACUCGUACAUUCGCAGAUAAACUAGUCUCUACAAACAUGUGCAUUUACACACACAUAGCAGCUCUUGCACAGUAGGCCAGCUCUCCGUGUCACAACAUACGACCCCUUCUCACUCAGCUGCAGCCUCGCUCAUCCCACUCUCUAAGACUUUCUGUUUGUGAUCUUUGUGUAGUGAUCUCUGUAAAAUAUGUACGUUUCAUUUUUGUGUAUAUAAUAUGAAGACAAUUUAGACCAUUCUUUUUUAAAGCUGCUUUGCUCGUCUUGAGUCUGUUCAAAAAGUUGCAUGUAUAUAUACUGUGGAUUUAGCAUCAAAGAUGAUUUCUAGAAGGGUUGGACAGGUGUACAGCUUGGAAGAGCUAACUUAUGUUACAAUUAUGUACAUUUUUGCCAUAAGAUAUGAAUGCUCUUCUAUCCACUUCAACAUUUAAAGUUAUCAUGAAGUCCUUACGGUGUGUUAAUUAAAGGAUUUAAAACACUAAAUAGUAUGUUGUUUUUAACAAUGUGUGAUGAUGUUCAAUAUUUAGUGGUUUCAGCGCUGAAAUAAUGAACAUCUGUCCUAGAGAGAAUGUAUACUUAAAUCCUAACAGAGGACGCUCCCUCAGGGCAGACUUUUGCACUGGGAGUGAUAUUGCCAUUGGAAUAUGGUCCGCUGCUCAUAUUGCAAUUUGAAGGAUAAAGCACUAAAUCCCUGCUUGGGUGUGCAGGCAUCUCCCAACACAUCCCGAGUCUCCGUGUCUCUCGCAGCAGUCCCAGAGCCAGGACCCUGUGUUAAGCCGAGCUCUCCUCCCUCUCUCCCUCUGGGUCCAAAUCAAAGCUCAGCCGGGUUCCUGCCCAGCUUUCAGCAGAGGAGUCAGACAGAGAGAAAGAGAGAGAGAGAGAGGGCCGGGCAGGAAAUGCCUUCUAGAAGCCAGGAGUUGGAGUGAUUCAUGUGUGCAGGAAUGUUGAGAGAGGAGGACCUAGGGUUGGAGGAGUCCAAGGGGCCAGGCUUGAGAAUUGAUUUACUGUCAAGGCGAAUUACAAAGUGAGUGGGGAUAUGGUUAAGGGAGUCCUUUUUAAAGGGAAUCGCUUCCUUAGUAUUCCCAGUGGCAUGCUUACCUCAACAUGCAGGUUUGAUGUUACUUCAAUAAAAAAAACCCUGGAUGGGACCUUGCUUUUUUUUUUUUUUUUUUUUUUUGAGCCUGUUUUCCCCUGAAAGUGCCCAUUGCAACAUGUAUAGUCUGUCUUAAAGUGAUCAGUCAAUUGUAUUGCAUAGCCGUAAACCUUCCUGUUUCAUUUGUACUGUCGACUAAAUGUACAAUGCUAGUAUGAGGUUCUGUGUUUGGAUUCAUGUGAAAAUCAAAACUGUCUGUCUUAUACUGUACCUUCAGAUUGUCCGGUUUUAAUGUUGUAGUGUAAGUAAACACAAUCAGAACAAUGUGAGGCUUGUUCUCUCUUGCUCUUUGAUUUGGUUGUAACGAGAACCCCUUUGGUGCCAG